AACCUCAGGCAGUUGUUAAUUUUCCACUCGUCAGGUGUCCUUCAUGCCUCCUUGAUCACGUCUUGUUCCUGACGUUCGAUAGCAUAUGAUUCUGACACACAGCCACGUAUGUGGGUAUAUGCCUCAGGCGGGUCUGUUACGUGUGUUACGUGUGUAUGUUUUUAUUUACUUCCCCUUUACGCCUGCUUAGGAUCUGAAGCCCGGAUGAUCGUCAUGAUGUUGACAGCGCAUUCAAUUCAUAGAAAAUCCCCAAACAAUCCUGCUCAAAUGAAGAGCCGGACCACUCAUACAUCAUUCCGCGUUCCUGCGCGAUACUUGGCGCAUCACAAGAAGGGCGCGAGCCUAGUGGAGCUUGUUUAUGCGUAGCACCAGCGUGCAAGCAUCCUCAGUACUGAUCUCCAAUCGUACAAGUGUGCCAAUAGGAAAACAACCGUUUAUUUGUUCCAAAACAGACACGAUCCAGAAAAACCGAACCGGCCUCAACUUCUUGGUAUUGCAAGAUCAGACAA